AGUUGCACGUCCUUGUUGUAAUGGCGGACUUGACGGUGGUCUGUAAACCAAACCAUCGGUUGUGAAGGACGGAAAGAAACCGAGUCGUUUCCCGGGACACUUUUACGUCUGUUGUGCCGCCUGAGGCCCGUAAAGUCCCCGCGGCAGCUGAGAGACAUAAAACAUUUUACCAUGUCGGGACUGAGGAAAGGAGCUGCAGCCCGGUUGCCUAAAUGUGCCUUCUGCAGAACCAGUCGGGAGAAGGAGUGUGGUCAGCUGCUGGUGUCUGACAGCCAGAAGGUGGCAGCCCAUCAUAAGUGCAUGCUUUUUUCUUCUGCCCUGGUCACAUCUCACUCAGACAGUGACAACAUCGGGGGAUUUUCCAUUGAGGAUGUGAAAAAAGAGAUCAAGCGAGGGAAUAAACUGAUGUGCUCUUCGUGUCACCGACCCGGUGCAACAAUUGGCUGUGACGUGAAAACAUGUCGUAGGACGUAUCACUACUAUUGUGCCGUGAAAGACAAGGCCCAGAUCAAAGAGAAUCCCUCACAAGGAAUUUACCUUGUUUACUGUCGGAAACACAGAGAUGCUUCUCAAGGUGCCAUUCAAGAUGAAGAGGGAGGUGUGGCCAACGAUUCAGACUCCUCCCCUCCACAAAACAGGGGAAGAGGCAGAUUUGAAAAAGGAAGAACCAAGACCGGAUCCCGUAGUCAGUCUGAAGACACUCGCUCCACCUCAUCCCAAGCAGCAGAUGAGGAGAGCUCCUCCCACCGGGACAGGUCACCGCUUAGAACCAGCCCAGGAGAUGGCGGCCAGCGCUGUGGCUUUUGCCAUUCUGGAGAGGAAGAAAAUGAAAUGAGGGGUAUGCUUCAUACUGAUAACUCCAAAAAAGUUGCUGCACACUACAAAUGCAUGCUCUUUUCCUCAGGGACAGUACAGCUAACCACAACUUCACGGGCUGAAUUUGGAAACUUUGAUGUAAAAACAGUCAUUCAGGAAAUCAAGAGGGGUAAAAGAAUGAAGUGUACACUCUGUAGUCAGCUGGGUGCUACUAUUGGGUGUGAAAUUAAGGCAUGUGUGAAGACCUACCACUAUCACUGCGGCCUCCAGGACAAAGCCAAGUAUAUUGAAAACAUGGCACGCGGUAUUUACAAACUUUACUGCAAGAACCACAGUGGUAAUGAGGAGAGGGAUGAGGAAGAUGAAGAACGAGAGAAUCGCAGCAGAGAGAAGGCAGCAGCCAACCACGGGGCAGCGCUGCAGUCAACAACGCAAGUCAAUGGCAACUAGGCUGGCCUGAUGGGUGUCUGUCAGGAGGACAAACUGAAACAUAAAAAGAUGAGGGAGAGGCAUUUUUUACACUUCAGUCUUAAACUACUCACUCAUGUUUUGGCCUAUAAUUCCCCUCCCAUUUUUUUUUUUUUUUUGAGUAAUUGGACACAGUCACAGUGUGCACCAGAUGUUAUCUUCAUGAAUCCGUAUUUCCAGUAGAGUUGGGUGAGUUUUUCAGCUCUGUAGGACUCUGUACAGAACAAAGGACUGCUGCGGGACAUUUAAAAGCCUUGGUGAUUGUUGUGGGUUCACCUGCAGAUACACGUUAUUGCUGCACGGACGAGACGAACAGACUGAGGUGGAUUAUCACUCACUGCCCAUGACCCACUCUGCCUGAAGACAGUUUCCCUCCUUGGCGUCUAAAGGACUCUCUUUUUAAAAAAGAGUCUGUUUGUUACUGUCUCUGUAUGAAGAUGUGCAGUUUGAAUAAUUCUGUUCUGUAACUGUCUUAAAAAAAAAUUCUCUUUUUGUGUUAGCCUUUCUUUCUUGA